UGUACUCGGUGAUCACAUGCUGCCGGGCGAUUUGGGUAACAUGUGCAAGUGCAAUGGGCCAUGGGACUCCUUAUAAUAUGUACUGGGCUGGACUUCUGCAGAAUUUGCUGGUCAUGCUUCAAAUCAGGCAGAUCAUGUCUGGCUCCAUCCAGUUCUGUGUCAAGGAGGAACUAGAGCCUGGUACUCUGGUUGGAUCACUAACAAACCACUUUUCACCUCCCUUCCUGCUCCUGACCAAGGAGUACCUCUGGAUGGACGAAAAGACUGGGAAUUUUUACAUUUCUGAGCAAAAGAUGGAUCGUGAGUACCUCUGCCCUGGGAAGACCAAAACUGAUGAAUGCAUUAUUUUGCACACCGCAGUUGUGGGGCCCUCUGGAGAGCUUGUACAGUUUUCUGUGACCGUAGAGGACAUCAAUGACAAUGCACCGCGUUUUGAAAAUAGCAAAAUACACUUAAAUAUUUCUGAGGAUAUACCUAUAGGGACCAGUCUCAUUCUGGAUGACCAGGCUCAGGACAGAGAUAGUGGACCAAACGGACAACUGAUGUACAAACUCAAAGGUUCUGGAGGAGUUUUUACUUUAAAGGUUGAAGAAGAUGGACAAAUAAUUCUGCUUAUUGUACAAACGGCCCUGGAUAGGGAGAGUCUGGACCUGUAUCAGAUGCAGCUGGUAGCUACUGACUGUGGUGAACAGCCUCUGAGUGCAUCAGUGUCUAUAAUUGUCACAGUGACAGAUGUUAAUGACAACUGUCCAAGCUUUCAUCCUGACAGCCCACACAGUGCAACAAUCACAGGGGGCUCCAAGAAGAACACAGUGGUCACUCAGGUAGUCGCUACAGACCUAGAUGUGGGCCCAAAUGCUGCCAUUGUUUAUUCCCUCAGUCCCAAGGUCUCUGAAAGGGCUAAGAAACUCUUAUUCCUCAACAGUCACAGUGGUCACAUUAGACUAAUGCAAGACCUCGAAAGAGACAGCUCUGAGGAGCUGGUGUUAAAAGUCUUAGCAAGCGGCCUUCACUGCCCACCAGCAGAGACUCAGGUAACCGUAUCCCUUCUCCCCAAGGCAACCCAAGGUCUAACAAUCAAGAUCGGGUUCAUAGCUGAGCAUUACAACCAGACUAUUCUGCUACCAGAGAGCCACCCCCCCACUGCCUUAGCCGUUUUAGAGCUUGAGGGUGACAGCAGCUUUAAAGACUCAUCUCUUGCCAUUGAGGGUGAUGUGCCUUUCAUUUUGAGCCCACAGAGUGGCAAAUAUCUGCUUUACACAUCAAAGCCCCUAGACUAUGAGAUGAAAAGUGAAUAUCACAUUUCUGUGGUAGUGCAAGGGAGUUCAUCUGAAAGGUCUGUGAUCGCUCUGCCUCAGCAAGAGAUCAGGGUGAUUGUGGAGGAUGUCAAUGAUAAUGCCCCACAUUUCUCCCAGUGUCACUACCAGCUGGAAGUGCAGGAAAACAACAAGCCAGGGUUAACGCUGCUGCAGUUAUCAGCUUCUGAUGCAGACAGCGGCCUCAACGGCAGGGUGACAUACAGACUAGACAAACACGUAUCUGCCAUCUUUAAAGUUGACUCUGUGACAGGCCAACUGUCUGCAUUGGUUCCUCUGGAUAGGGAGCAGAACAGUACGUACAAACUCAUUGUGUUUGCUCGAGAUGGCGGAUUUCCUUCCCUGGAGUCCCAGGCCUCUGUAAUUAUUCAUGUUCUGGAUCAGAAUGACAAUGCACCUGUUUUUUGUACUCCUCACUUCAUUUUUUUCGUCCCUGAGAAUGCACCACCAUUUGCUCUGGUGGGAAAGAUAGAGAUGGAAGAUCCAGAUGAAGGAGAGAAUGGAAAUUUAGAAUUGCAAGUUGUAAAGAACAGCGCACCUUUUGCUGUGGAUAGCAUGCAAAGGAUGCUGCAGACCACUGCCAACUUGGACCACGAGAUGACGAACCAUCAUGAACUCUUCCUGGUGGUCAGCGACAAUGGACAUCCGGUGGCUUUAACAUCCACUGCCAGGGUGACCGUCUUUGUAGAGGACAUUAAUGACAACGAGCCCAAAGUGAUCCUUCCCAGCAGCAAUUUUUCAUGCCUGGCUGUCUCACCAGGUACUCCGGUGGGUACAACUGUAACAAAGAUCUACGCCGUCGAUGAAGACUCAGGCUUUAAUUCAGAGAUUACAUAUUCUGUUGUUGCACCAGAGUCAGCGCAGCACAACAACCCCUUCCAGGUGGACUCAAGAUCAGGGAACAUCACCUUAAGUCAGAAGCUUUUACACAAAGAUAUGGGAAUGCAUCACCUGUUCAUUGUAGUAAGGGACAAUGGAAAGCCAAUUCCACUUUACACCACUGUCUGGAUUAACCUGUUGGUUAAUGAGAGCACGGAUCAGUGCUAUCUAGAUAAGGCACCUGUAUGGACCGGGAGAUCUGAUUUGAUUCAAAGUACAUCUAAGUCUCCUUUUUGUGAGGUGGAAACUGUCAGAACGGUUCAAAUGAUAUACUUUUAUCUUUUGCUCAGUAUGACAGUAGUAACCAUGGUUUUGUUUCUGACAACAGUUUACUUGUAUCUGAAACACAGAAAAUGUCCGCGGAAGAAAAUGAAGGGACGGGCAGUCGAGAAUGAGAUUCCACUUAGAAUCAAAGACAAAUAUUAUUCUGAUGAAUAAAAGCUCAAAGCAAGCAGUGAGUAAUCUCACUCACAGUUUCAAGGAUGAAAACAGCCAGAGAAUUAAACAUUUUGAGAGGAUUUAUCUUGGGCUUUAUGCAGUUCAAAAAAAUCCUUCCAUGCUUCUGCAAUUACUCUAUUCAGAAGCAGAAGCAAAGUCCAGGAGGUUUUUGAUAAGCACCCCACACAAUGUGACCAAAGAAAGAGCUGAUAAGAGAAGAAUUUUUCUUUGAAAAUGUUAUAGACAUAACAAGUCAAUGAUGAACAUAGCAUAUCCACUGAGUGAUAACACUCAGGUUAGAGGUAACUUUAUCAACCCAAAACAUUCCCAAGAAAGCAUGAAAUGUAAGAUAACUGUGCAACAAGUUGAUUGGGCCCAUCUCAGGUUCCUGACUUUGAGUGAUGGGGAUCCUACAUUAUUUAGACACACAAAAAGGUUUAAUGUUCCUUCAGAGGGGAAGUGAUGAAAGUAUCUAAAGGAGUAGCCCUGAGACGAGCUCCGUGAGUGAAGAGCUGAGAGGCACACAAACAUCUCAAGUCUCCACCUCGCAGCCGUUAGGUGAUAACUCUGGUUCUAAACCACAAGGUUGGAUCGCGCCCAAAAGGCAGGAAUAGUAUUCUACUGCGCCCGGCUUCCCAUAAGGUGUGCCGUUUUAAUACCUGACACUUAGAGAGAAGUCACACUCUACUCAAAGACGUAUUUACAAAUAGCAGCUGGCAUCACGUUCGGAUAAAUUUGGAGGAACAAAUUAGAUCUAAAGCAGGUUAAGUUCUGCAUUAAAUAUGAAUGAGCCAGGAUACAGUGUGUUUACGCAUUUGGGAGCAAAUAAUUGCCCAGAGUGGGCGGAGGAACUAUUUUAACUUUUCAAAAUCUGUACAGCAUAGGGCUCCGUUUAGUGUAGGCCUGUGUGAGGAGGAAAGAAGAAAAGCAGGGAGACGGAACCUGUAAAACACAAUGUACAACAACCUGGUUAGUGGAGAACAAGGCUUGUAUAACAUGAGCUGUGUCUCUGAGGAUGUCUGAGCUAGCUGCUUCAAAAAUAAAUAAUCUAAUAAGCCGCACACUGUGAGGAUAACUACGUUAACUGGGAACAAAUAAGGAGCUCCAAAACCAAGUUAGGAAUUAAAUUAAACUAGUCUCUUCAUACGAGAAAUUAAAGAGUCUAUUGGAUUACAAGAUAAUGUAAUUUAUUGUACUUUUGGUAAAGAUAUUUACAUUAUGAUUGCAAAGUAUUUUUACAGCAUUGUAUUUUAGAAGAUUUAAGAAAAGAUUUACAUAAAAUAUAU